AUGGGGGGCACAGCGACCCACCCCAUGGGAACCCUGCUGGGGAGGAAGGGUGAGGAGGGCGUGGGAGUCUUCUCUUUGCAGACUGAAGGCACCUGGCUGCAGAAGGAUGUGUGGACCUACCUGGCCUCCGUCAAAGCCAUGCCCGAGGCCUCCAAGAAGCUGAAUGAGUGUCUUCAGGAGGUGUAUGAGCCUGACUGGCCCGGCAGGGUUGAGGCCAACAAGAUCGCAGAGAACAAUGACCUGCUGUGGAUGGAUUACCAUCAGAAGCUGGUGGACCAGGCGCUGCUGACCAUGGACACGUACCUGGGCCAGUGCCCUGACAUCAAGUCACACAUCGCCAAGCGGGGACGCAAGCUGGUGGACUACGUCAGUGCCCGGCACCACUACGAGUCUCUGCAAACCGCCAAAAAGAAGGAUGAAGCCAAAACCGCCAAGGCAGAGGAGGAGCUCAUCAAAGCCCAGAAGGUGUUUGAGGAAAUGAAUGUGGAUCUGCAGGAGGAGCUGCCGUCCCUGUGGAACAGCCGCGUAGGUUUCUACAUGAACAUGUUCCAGAGCAUCGCGGGCCUGGAGGAGAACUUCCACAAGGAGAUGAGCAAGCUCAACCAGAACCUCAACGACGUGGUGGUCAGCCUGGAGAAACAGCAUGGGAGCAACACCUUCACGGUCAAGGCCCAGCCCAGAAAGAAAAGAAAACUGUUUUCGCGGCUGCGCAGAAAGAAGAACAGGUACCGGCAGUGAGUGCUGCGGCGGGGC